AUGGCAACCAUACCCGACAUUCGUCGUAUGAGCGAUGACGAGUCAUCCGGACCCGAGUCGUCUCAUUCUGAUGCCGACAUGGUCGAAGAGGAUGGAUUUGAAAAUUCUGUUGGCCAUGACCGUACUCAGGCUACCUUUGCCCACAUUGAGUCCACCCGGACGAUGACUGCCGAGGAAACGGAGAAGUGGAAACGUUCUGGCCACAAGCCUGGCAACUAUAUUUGUCCCGAGUGCGGCAAGGGACUUUCCAGAAUUGAUUCACUCACGCGGCACCGCAGGUCAAGACAUCGUGUCGGGCGGCAGUACUUUUGUCGCCUCCCAGCCUGCAGAAGACAAACCUGGGGAUUUGGGCGGUUUGACAACUAUCGCCGCCAUAUGGAGACUUCUCAUGGAGUCAUAAUCGAGCCAAAUGAUAUGGAAGAGAGACGCCUCGCUGCUCGUGAGCCUUCAACCUCGCAACCUCUCGCGCAGCCCAACAUUGUGACAGAGCCUUCCCAAGCGGCGCAGGGCGAAAAGCGAGGCAGCUAUCUUUGCAUACCACUCCCUUCAGUCUCCACUAGCCAGGAUGAGCGUCUCAAGGUCAACAUUCCUCAGACUGUUCCCAAGCUAUCUGCAGAUUUCGGUGAACAUGUCUCCCCGCCUCCAACUGCUGCUUUAUUUGGAUCUCUACGACCCGUUAUCGAGGACCUGCAAUCAUUAGACAAAGACGAACUUAUACGAAGGCUGCGCGCAAAGACGAAGGAAUGCGAAGAGCUCCAACAACGAAACCGAAUUGUCAUGGCGGAGCGAGACGAGUAUUUGGAAGCACUCAAGAUAUCCGAAGAACUAAGAGGAGUUGAACCAAGCACUGGUUAG